GCUGCUCUCUUCUACCCCAAUACCGUGCAUUCCAGCUGCUGCUCUCUAGCUGAUUGACUAGCUCUGAGCUUAUUCGUCGUUGUUGUCACCACGCACGUCCACCUAGCUACGGCGGUUGGGCGUUCUAUUUGAACUCGUUCUUGUCCAAUAUCACUCCGCCAAUAUGAAGAAGAAGGUCUUGUUGAUGGGUGCCUCGGGCAGUGGGAAGACGUCCAUGCGCUCUCUGAUCUUUUCCAACAACCCCGCCUCCCUCACGUCGCGUCUGGGCGCGACCAUUGACGUCGAGCAGAACCAUGUCCGCUUCCUCGGAGAUCUCAUCCUCAAUCUAUGGGACUGUGGUGGUCAAGACGCGUUCAUGGACUCGUACCUCUCCAUACAACAGUCGACGAUCUUCCAGCACGUUGGAGUCAUGAUCUACGUGUUCGAGGUCGAGACACGUAAUAUGGAGAAGGACCUGGACUACUACAAGGCGUGUCUGGCGGCGCUGAAGAAAUACAGCCCAAAUGCGGCGGUGUUCCUCCUUGUGCACAAGAUGGAUCUCGCGAGGGGGCCGAAGCUGGAGACGUUAGCGCGCAAGACCAAGGAACUCAAAGAAGCCAGUGGGGAUGCCGAAAUUACUGUGUUCGGCACCAGCAUAUACGACGAAUCGCUAUACAAUGCUUGGUCACGGAUAGUGCACAUCUUGAUUCCCAACGCGUCUGUUCUGUCUCGACACUUGGCCAAACUCGCCGCCGCCUGUAGUGCCACAGAGGUCGUCCUGUUCGAACGCACCACUUUUCUGGUCAUCGCCACAUCCACGCCUCCCCCACCGCCACAGAUCGCCUCUUCGGUCGCGUCUGCCUCAUCAUCGGCCAAGACAAAUGGCCACACAUCCGUCGGUACGAGCCGCGAGGACGAGGACGAGGUGGACCCCGACCCGCACCACAUGGCGCCAACGCGGUACGAACGGACGUCUGAACUCAUUAAGGCAUUCAAGUACUCGUGUGCGCGCGUGCGUGAGGAGUUCCACGCCCUGGAGAUGGAACUUCCAGAGUUCACGGCGGUCCUGGACGAGCUCACCAGGAAUACAUACGUGCUCAUAGUGGUGCACGAUCCCACAAUUGAAACCGCCGCACUGAGGAUGAAUAUUCGUCUGGCUCGGCCGAAGUUCGAAGAGCUUCAGGGUGACAGUCUUCUCUCGUAGGCGGAUAAUGUCCCGCCGUGAUCCCAUCUUGGUUUGUUUAUACCGUAUCUGACCGCUCUACCCUACUCCUGGUCCACUCAUAGAGGUCACCGUAUUGCCUGGAAACUACUCAUAUGCCCCUCCCUGGCGUGUCUACUCUUGUGUUACGCUCUGUUGACAGCUCCUCGUCGCUUGCUAUAUGCCCGGCCUCCGAUCGGCCAUUGUGUCUUGCAGUGAAAUGUUAAAAUCUGUAUAUGCCUCUUGCAACC